CUUUUUUCUAAACAUUGAGACGCAUAUGCGUAUUAAGAGUAAAUACCUUUUAAAUUUAUUCAUUUACUAACUUUCAUUAAUAUUUUAUUUAGUAUAAUUUAAAUUAAUCAAUCAGACAAUAUGGUUUUAUACAACUUCAAAAAGAUCACGGUUGUACCUACCGCAAAGGACUUUGUGAACAUUAUGUUAUCAAAAACUCAACGUAAGACUCCAACAGUUGUGCACAAACAUUACAAAAUAUCCAGAAUACGAUCAUUUUAUACACGUAAAGUACGAUAUACUCAACAGAACUUCAAUGAGCGCUUGUCAAUGAUUAUUCAAGAAUUUCCAAAAUUAGAUAAUAUUCAUCCAUUUUAUGCUGAUUUAAUGAAUAUACUUUACGAUAAGGACCAUUACAAACUUGCUCUUGGACAACUUAAUCAAGCAAGACAUCUUAUUGACAAUGUUGGUAAGGAUUAUGUUCGUCUUAUGAAGUUUGGUGAUUCGUUAUAUCGCUGUAAAAUGCUAAAGAAAGCAGCUCUUGGACGGAUGGCUACAAUUAUGAAAAGACAAGCUCCCAAUUUAGUUUAUUUAGAACAAGUUCGUCAGCAUUUAUCGCGUUUGCCAUCAAUUGAUCCAUACACUAGAACAUUAAUAUUAUGUGGUUUUCCUAAUGUUGGAAAAUCCAGUUUUUUAAAUAAGAUAACAAGAGCUGAUGUAGAAGUUCAUUCAUACGCAUUUACAACAAAAAGUUUGUAUGUUGGACAUACAGAUUACAAAUAUUUACGUUGGCAAGUUGUAGACACUCCAGGAGUAUUGGAUCAUCCUUUAGAAGAAAGAAAUGUUAUUGAAAUGCAGGCUGUUACUGCUUUAGCCCAUUUAAGAGCUGCUAUUCUUUAUUUCAUAGAUGUGUCUGAACAAUGUGGUCACUCAAUUGCAGAACAAGUUAAGCUUUAUGAGUCUAUAAAACCAUUAUUUACCAACAAGCCAUUAUUAGUUGUAUGUAACAAAGUCGAUGUUACACCUAUGGAUCAAUUAAGUGAGGCUAACCGUGAAGCAUUAAGUAUUUUUGAAAAAAAUAAUGUCCCUCUAUUGUCAAUGUCUGCUGUAACCGAUGAAGGUGUUAUGGAAGUUAAACAACAGGCAUGUGAUACUCUCUUGGCUUAUCGCAUUGAAAACAAAAUCCAAGCUAAGAAGGUUGAUUCAAUUUUGAACCGUUUACAUGUAGCAGUACCUAAAACUCGUGAUGAAAAAGUGCGACCACCUUGUAUACCAGAAAUGGUAUUACAAAAACAAAGAUUGGCUGAACUUCAAGAUUUUAAGAAGAAGCUUGAGAAAAAUUUGGAAGAUGAGCUUGGUGAUGAUUAUAUUUUGGACCUUAAAAAGAACUAUGAUCUACCUGAUGAUAUUAAAUAUGACAUAAUACCAGAAUUUUGGAAUGGCAGAAACAUUGCAGAUUUUAUUCAUGCAGAAUUAUUGCAGAAAGUUGAAGAUCUUGAGAAAGAAGAAGCACUUAGAGAAGAAGCUGGAUAUUAUGCUGUACCUAAAAUUGAAAUUGAUGAAACAUUGCGAGAAAUUAAAGAAUUGGCUCAAAAGAUUAGAGAUCGUAAAAUUAUUAACCGUAAUGAAAGUAGAAUAUCUCGACAAUCUAGUAAACCUACAACACCUAGAACUGCUCCGGCUCGUGCCCGUGGUCGCAGUGCUACAGACUUCAGAAACCGCAUGGAAGAUCUUGGUGUGGACAUGGAAGGCACUGAUGAAGCUCAUUUUACAAAAACUCGUGGUCGUGCUCGUUCAUUAACAAGAUCUCAAUCACGAACAAAUGCCAAAAAACCACGUUUGGGAUCUAUGCAUCGCUCAGUAUCUACAUCAAGAAGUCAGAGUAGAUUACCAAGAAAUCAAUCUGGUGUCCGCGAUUCUUCGAUGCAAUUGAAACUUAAGAAAGAGGCACACAAAGCAAUUGCGAAGAAAGUUAAGAAACAAGGUCUCAAAGGUGAAGCUGAUAGAUUUAUUGGAACCAAACGACCAAAACACUUGUAUGCCGGUAAAAGAGGCAUUGGUAAAACAGAAAGACGUUGA